AUGGAAUUUGAAAAUGAUAACACCUAUAUGGAUGAAAACUUAUUAUCAGGAAUAUCAUAAUAAACACCUUCUAAGGAUGAUGCUGAAAUGCAGUAUACAGAUUCAUUUCAAGUUUCACCCUCUUUUUAAUAAUCUUAACAAAAAUAAUAAGAGAUAAAUACUAUGAAAGCAGAAUACAUGACAACUAAUAAUUAUGCAGAUUAAUAAUAUAAAAAUAAUGAACCAAGCUUUAGUAUAAACAAUUAAAGUAUCAAAUAAGAUUUUUGCUGUUUUUAGUAAAUUUAUGAAAACCUUGCAAAAAUUGAAUAAGAAUUUAAUAAUUAGUCAUGUCAUGAAUCUUUUAGCGAUAUUAAAUCAAAUCUUUAAGAAUUAUAAGAUAAAUAUCAAUAUUAUGUCAUCAAUGCAUCAGACUAAGUAGUCGAAUAUCAAAAUCAAUAAUUGCCUUUUAGUAGUGCAGGUAAACAUAAGAGAACUAGAUCUGAGGCACCUCCAUCAAUUACUAAAUUUAAUAUAAAACCAAAAAAAAAUGAGACUUCAAAUUUAAUUGAAAAAUCAUUUGAUACUAAUAUUUUCCAAAAAUAAAGUGAGGAAUAUUCAUUACUUAUGGAUAUAAUCAAAUAAGAUAUAGAAAAUAUUGAAAAUACUAAAUUUCAAGAUUAUGAAUAAAGCAUGGAAUUAAUUGUCCAUUAUUAUAGAUUAAGAGAAACAUAUUAAAGUUAAAUUGUUGAGAAGGAUAAUAUUAUUUAAAACAUCUAAGACACUAAUGCUUAAUUAAAUUUCACUAUACAAGAAUAUUAAUCAAAUUUUGAUGAACUAGUGUCUAACUUUAAUUUUGAUAUUAAAAGUUUAAACAAUCAAUCUAAAGAUGAAUAAGUGUCUCAAGUUAUUUAGAAGAUAUAAGAAUUAAUUCAAUAAAAUUAAUAAUAUGAAUAGGUAUUGGUUAUCAAAUAAAACGAAUUUUAAGAAUAAUAGAAUGCAUAAAAUUAAUCAAUUAAAAAAUUUGAAGAAUUAUAAAAUUCUUUUGAUAGUCUAUUAGAAUAAUAUUAAUUACUUACUUAAGAAAAUAUAAACUAAGAUGAGACUAUUGAUUCUCUAAAAUAGUAAAUAGAAAUUUUAUAAUAAUAAACUGAAGAUGACUAAAUCAAUUCUCUAUGCUAACAUUUAAGAGAAUUAAUUAAAUAUAUAUUGGAUUUUAUCAUUUUGUCAAAUAAACUGCUUUAACAUAUCUAUAAUGAAUAAGGAACAAAAUUAGAUUUUCCAGAUUAUAAAAACUUUAGUGAAGCAUCAUUUACUUUAUAAACUUUAUUAUAAAAUUAAGAUGUUAAUAAUUUGAAAAAGAUUUCUGAAAAUUUCAUUGCUUAUUCAUAAGAAAUAGAAGUGUUUAAAAAAUAAAUUUGUUUAAAAUAUAGACUUUUAAUUGAAUCAAUUAUAAAAUAACGAUAAUAAUUAAUGGAAUCACUGUAAAUAUGA